CUCAACUCGAUUCAAAGUAUUCUAAAGUUUUAGAGUGAAAUCUUUGUUUGUUUUUGUUCAAAUUCAUCUCCAAUUACUUUUUGCUAAUCAAAUCAACAAUCGAAACUUAAUCAUCUUCUAGAUUUGAAACUUCAGUUAAUUAAAUUCUAAACAAAAAAUAUUCAAUUGAUCCUUUUGUUUCCUAUUUUUCUACAAUAUUUUGGUUCAUAGAGAUUCUUUUGUAAUCGUAAAAGCACAACUUGCGAAUUCUUGGCCAACAUGAACUUUCACCCUAAUGAUAUUCAUCAAGCAACUAAUAGUGCGAACGUUUCUGGCUCCUAUGAAGACGAAAUCCGCCAUCUUUUUCGAAAUUUUCGUCCCAGUCCGUACGUCGCUCCUACAAAUGGAUUGAAAACUGAAAAUCCCGUGAAAACGGAAAGUUCAGUCAAACCAUCGCAGAAUCGAGAACUGAAUAGCAAUCAAAAGUCAAUGUUCUAUUUGUACUUAAAUCGCGAUGAAUUUGAACAGUCACUAGAUCUCGUUGAUUUGAUCAAUUUGUCUCGAAGAAAUAAUGAACCUGAAUGGACCGAAGAGGAAGUUUUCACGAUUUAUAGUUGGACCUUAAUUGGAACUGGAUUCAACAAGCAGUUGAACAGUUCGGAAAAUUGGAAGGAAAAAAGAGCCAAUCGAGAUAUAAGUGCUUAUUACGAUCGCAAGUGGAACCAAUCGCAAGCAAAUCAAUGACCAACGAAACAUAAGAUGACCAAAUGAUCAAAUGAUGAGUCCAAAUUUCACUGGAACAAUUUCCAUACAAAUGACAACAUGAAUCGUGAACAUGAACAUGAACAUCAGCGAUUCAUCAAAAAGUUUCCAAAUAAAUUCUCAUUUUUGAAUAUCAUUUUCAGUUCGAAAUCUCUUUAAUUUCAUCGCGAACGCGUUUAUCCUAUA